GUUUGAUGUAAAUUGUUUCUCUUGAGAAGUUGAAAGGAAGGAUUUUUUUUUUUAAAACUACUUUGGCUUGAUUAGUGAGAAUGGAAAGAGGAAAAGAAAAUGAAGGGCAAACAAAAGGGGAAGAUAACAAAUCAUUGGUGUCAUCCCGCGUUGUACUUGGCGAGGACAUUGUCAAUCUUCUUGAUUUCAUAGAGAGAUUAAAUAGUGGGCGUGUUCAAACUUCUCUUUACAUGUUUCAAAUUAAAGAGUUGACAUUGAAGCUGACGUUUUUGUCCGCAUUUUGUCAUCUUUAUUACUCUUUCUUUUUGGAAAGCUGUAAUGACGAAAUGUCAAAUGAGAUUCAUGAUUUGGUUCAGUCACUGUUUCAUCCAAGUGGAGUAGACAUGCGGGUUAGUGUAAAGUAUCAUUUCCUCUGGAAGAAUAUCAGAAGUUAUAUUAGCUCAUAUAGCUAUGCUGAACCAAGUCGUGUAACCACCAUGACCGAGGAUCGUUUCGUUGAACUUUUAGAUGCCAUCCUCAAGUGUUGUUCUGCGUUGAAUUUCCCAUCAUUUGAGCUUCUUCAGAAUGUAUUUGGCAAUUUAAGAGAUUUCCAUAGGUUGAAAGUAAAUGGUUGUGUUGAGUAUGAGACAAUCGAAUAUGUCUUACCUCGUCUUCAACUCAUGGCUCUGAGAGUAGUAAACAUCUGCUAUUUUACUCUUGUGGAUGAAACAGCUGUCUCUCUAGUUGACUCCAAGCUAGCUAAUCUACUUUUGGAGGUUAUUCCUGUUGAACUGGAGGUUAUGCACAUAUGUUGUACAAAUUUGAAAGGUUCAAACUCGGUAGAAGUUGGACGUUUCAUCAAGCAGCUCCUAGAAGCCUCUCCGGACAUUCUUAGAGAAUCUCUGAUUCAUCUACAAGAGCACAUGGUUAUUAAUGUUGUUACUCCUAGCGCUUCUACGUGUAACAUUCAUGUCAUGAUAGAGUUCCUAUUGAUUAUUCUUACUGAUGUGCUCAAGGACGUUAUUCAUCAUGACAAAUUGUUUGUUCUCUUGGCACGUGUUAUAGAACUUACCAAGGAGGUAUUCGUUCUUGUUUGCAACAUAGAAGAGAAUAUGAAUGAAGCAAGUGAUGCAAACCUAAACUUCAUGGAAAAUAUUGAACUCCUCAAGAAAGAUCUCAAGAAUGAUUUCUUAAAAGCCCGUGCAGACUCGUCUCAGCUCUGCUUCCCCAUGAGUGAUGGACCUCUCUUCAUGACUCUUCUACUCACAAACUUGAAUGACUUGGCCAAUUCCAAUUCUUCCUCAGUUGCUUUUAUAAAAAAAGAAAUUAAGCAGCUGAAAGAAGACCUGGAAAUUAUAAGAUCGUUCUUCGGGUAUGUUGAGCAAGAGUUGCAUAGAGAUCUUUGGACUCGUAUUCUAGAUGUGGCAUAUGAGGCGGAACAUGCCAUUAACUCAAUUCUUGCCCGAGAUCAUGGUCUAUUGCAUCUUAUCUUCAUACUUCCUGACACCGUAGAAAAGAUCAAGCUUGUGAAAAGAGAGGUACAAGAGAAGAUCCCCAAGAGCAGAGGUAUUAUUGUUAGAAACGCUCCCAACAAGCCGGUUGAAAGAAACUCAUCGAGUACAGUUGGUAAAAUAAUUGUAGGUUUUGAGGAGGAGACAAAGUGGAUGAUUAGGACGCUCACCAGCGGACCAGCUGAGAUAGAUGUCAUUUCCAUAGUCGGCAUGCCAGGGCUUGGAAAAACUACUUUGGCUUACAGAGUGUAUAAUCAUAAGUCCAUUGUUGAUCAUUUCGAUGUUUGUGCUUGGUGCACAGUCGACCAGGAACGUAAUGAGAAAAAGUUGUUGCAGAAAAUUUUCAAUCAAGUUGUAGGUUUUAAAGAAAGAUUCAGUGAGAAUGACAUAGAUGAAGACGUUGCUGAUAAUCUGCGGAAAAAACUGUGUGGACAGCGGUACCUUAUUGUCUUGGAUGACAUGUGGGAUACUGCAACAUUGGAUGAGCUAACAAGACCUUUUCCUGAAUUUCGGAAAGGAAGCAGAGUGAUUUUAACAAGUCGGAAAAAGGAAGUUGCUUUGCAUGGAAAAUGCCACAGUGAUCCUCUUUAUCUUCGAUUGCUAAGAUCAGAAGAAAGUUGGGAGUUAUUAGAGAAAAAGGUAUUCGGAGAAGAACGUUGCCCUGAUGAACUAAAGGAUGUCGGAAAAAUGAUAGCCCGAAAAUGUGAUGGGCUUCUUUUGGUACUUGAUCUAAUCGGUGGAGUCAUUUCAAGGAAGGAAAAGAAAGAGGUUUUGUGGCUUGAAGUUCUCAAUAAUUUGAGUUCCUUUAUUUUUCAGGAUGAAGAGGAAGUUGUGAAGGUUAUACAAUUAAGUUAUGACCAUUUGUCAGAUCACGUAAAGCCGUGUUUGGUUUACCUUGCAAGUUAUCCAAAGGACAAGGAUAUUAGGAUCUCUGCGUUGAAAUAUUUUUGGAUUGGUCAAGGACUUGAGAUGAAAAGUGCAGAAGAAGUAGUGAAUGAGUUAAUUUCCAGUAGCUUGGUAAUACCUUUCGAUAAUUCUAUUUGCAAAAUUCAUGAUCUUGUGCAUGACUUUUGUUAUAUAAAAUCUAGAAAGGAAAAGUUGUUUGACUUCAUAGGAGGUUCAAACGCUCCGUCUUCUUCUUCUGGUAUGAUGGCACGAGGAAUUACCAUUCAAAGUCUCUUUCAUUUGGAUGAAAAUUUUGUGGUGUUUAAUCCAGAAAAGAAGAAUCCUUAUGUUAAACACCUCCUCACUCUGACGGUCUAUGAGAAUUGUCUUCCCCACAAGAGUCACCUAAAACACUUGAGGCUUCUUAAAAGUUUGAAUUUGUACGGCGUACCAUUGACAGAUUCUUUGCUGAAUGAAAUCGGUAUGCUCAUUCAUUUGAAGUACUUACUCAUUCAGACGAAGGCAAAAGCUCUCCCUUCGUCAUUUUCAAACCUCUGCAAUCUAGAAACUCUGGUGGUGAAUAACGUGGAGGGAUCAUGCAUGGUACUAUCGCCUUGUUUUUGGAGCCUUGCAAAGCUACGAGAUGUGUGGAUGGAGUGUUGUGCUGUCUUUGAUCCGGACAUCAACGAACCAAUUGUGUUAGAUGAGGAUUUAAGGUUAGAAAAUUUGAAAACAUUAUAUGAGCUCUACCUUCCCGGUUCAUAAGACACGGAGGAUUUUUUCAAAAGGUUUCCUAAUCUGCAAAACCUUGUAGUCAGUAUCAAAAAACUACCAGAUUGUUCAGCAGAGAAGAUUUGUUUUCCAAGAUUGGAUGUCCUUAACGAACUUGAACUACUCCAUUUAUCUACUUUUUCUAGGUAUUCAUUCCAUGAAUAUACACACGGCUUCCCUUCGAGCUUGAAGAAAAUGAUGUUGUGUGGGCUUGCUCUGACAUCCGAUUCAUUGUCAAGAAUUGCUAGACUACCCAACCUUCAAAAACUAAGUCUAGAAUACACAAUCAUCGAGGAAGGGAAAGAAUGGAACAUGGAAGAUGUCACUUUCCAGAAUCUCAAAUCUCUAAAAUUGUUGGAUGUGAAAUUUUCUAAAUGGAACAUGGAAGAUGUCACUUUCCAGAAUCUCAAAUCUCUAAAAUUGAAAGAAUUGAAAUUUUCUGAAUGGCAGGUUGAUGCAGAGAAAUCCUUUCCCGUGCUCGAGAAACUAUAUAUAAGAAGUUGUUAUAAGCUUAUGGAGAUCCCAGACAGUUUUGGAGAUAUUGCGUCAUUAGAGCUUAUCAAAGUAUGGGACUGCCCUCAGCUUAAAGAGUCAAUCUUCAAUAUUAAGGAAUAUGUUGAAGAAAUGACUGGACAAGACAAGCUUGAGGUAGACUUCUACACAAUUCAUUAA